AUGCCCGAGGCUUCUAAUCGUGAAAGGUUGCGUUCUAGACAGGCCUGUCUCAACUGCCGAAGGAAGAAGAGCCGGUGCCCUGGUGAAAAGCCAGCUUGCUCGAGCUGCGUGCGGCUCAAACAGUCGUGUAAUUAUGCCUUGGGGGAUUCACGCCCAUCUGUACGACGAUCAUUUCACGAUGUGCUCGAAACCUUAUCGCUGACUAUUUCCCAGGACAGACUCGCAUUUCUUGAAGAGAAAGUUGAUCUCAUUUUGAGCGGUGGCAAAGGCAAAGUCCCUGAUAAACUCAAUCAAGAUGCACCAAGAACAUUUCCAAAUUCAUUUGGGACCCCUCCGGAGCCCAACCGGAACAGAACGAGCAGUAGAAGCGGGCGUCAAUCUGAUCAAACACAGAACAAUAGGUUCCCCGAGGGACCGAGUCGCACCAUGAAAGAUCCUGCCCGUCAACCAGGCUUCCCAGACACAAAUCUACAAAUCUCUCCAUCCACAAUCUCUGACGGAAUUGACAUAUAUUUCGACCUCUUUCACAGACAACCGAUCUGGUGUUUUGAUCGCGAGGAUCUCGAGCAGAAUCAAGAAAUCUCCCCGGAACUGGUCUACAGCAUUCUCGAGCUGACAGCGCGGGUUAUGCGAAAGCGUGAUAGGCCGCGUUAUGGAGAUCAUGCCAAGUGGUCUAUUAUGCUCCGUGUCGCAAAUGGCACUGUUGAGCUAGAGACCAUCGAAAGUCUCUGUUUGCUUUCGUAUUCAGCUUUUAUUGAUGGAAAUUUGCACCUUGGUCAAUUCUAUCUCGGUCUCGGCUUCCAGCUGUGUCGAUCUGCCCGCAUCGACCGUGGAUUGACCUCUGGAGAGGACCCAAAAGAUGCCGAGCGCAAGAAGAGGCUUCUAUGGAGCUUCCAAUCUCUGGAUCAGUUUUACAGCGAGCAGGACGGUAUCCUUGGGACAGCUCCUCAGGUCUGGCGGCAGUACUAUGUUUCGGAUGGCGGCGAUGCAGGUUUCCCUCGAGACGUUGAGGGAGGUACCUCUUCGUCUGACAUAGGCAUUUGGAGCUUCGCUGCGCAUUUCGGAUGGGUGUGGAGUAGGGUUAGAGAGUAUGUUUUUGAAUGUGCUCAAAACAAGCUUACAGAGCCAUGGCGGCUUGAUUCAAUCUAUGCCAAAUGUGGACAAGACAUGACGGAGAUCGAGAACAAGGUCCCUUGGUGUCAUCGAUACGACGCAGCCAAGUUCUUUGAGCGAGAGGCCUCCGAGAUUCGACUCAACCGGGACUACUGGGUGCCAUGGAUCAAGCUGCAAUUUACGUGGCAUGCUAUUUUAACCGUGUUGAAUCACCCAUUCUUAUACAUCGUGGCAUCACAACAUCACCCCAACCUGGCGAUUCCAAAUACUUUCUGGAGAAAGUCGUCUGAGCUAGUUCUACUUCAUGCCACGUGGAUUGUUCGAAUGAUUGAUGUGGUCACCGAGAAGGAAGUCCAAUUGGUUGAUCCUUUUUACGGACACGCAGCGGCGAUUGCAGCAACGGUACACCUAUACUUCUGCUGUGCGACUGAUGUAAGACUCAAACAAAAGUCGAAAAUGGAUUUUGAGAAAUGCAAAAGAUUCUUAAAGAACUUUGCGUCGUUCUCUCCUGCCUGUGCAACCCUGGUCCAACUGCUGGAAAAAAUGGCACGAAUAGCAUCCGGUUCAGAGAAUAUGGACCUCGAUUGGGCACCGUCUAAACUACGUCUCAGCAUUCCCUUGAUGUGGGGUAUUCUGCAGUUUAACGUCUCAAGCUCCCAAGGACUGUCCCCUGGAUCGGGCUCCUUGUUACAUUCUUCUUUGGGAACCAAUAGCCCCCCAGAAAGCGAGGAAAACUCAACGCUUGAGAUCAGUGUCGCGCUAUCACCACCAGAGGUCACUAUCGACCCUUCCGCGGGACACAAUGCGUACCUGCCACCCUACAUGACCACUGUAUCAUCAACUCCGGCAUCUCCCAAAGACACAGCGAUUCGGGAUAUUGUGGUUCCUUCAACUGACAGCCUCAUGUUUAAUGUUCCGUGGCUAUGGACAGGAGAAUCUCAGUUUUCCGACAUGGAAUCUGCGAGCAAUUUUGAUCCCGAGACCGCUGUUGGCAAUAUUGAAGGAUUUUCUACCUGGUGGGAUUUUGGAAACUUGUAA